AUGAGUGGAAGCGCAGCAUCCGUUAAUGGUGGUGACUCUCUCUGGAAGGCCGAUUCUUCUGAAGAUGUGGAUUCUGGUACAGGGAACCCUGAGGACGCUGGGAACAGUAUUAGAACUGGUAAGGAGACCACUUCAGUUGAAGCAGGUUCGGCGUCUGCGUCGAGCUCUCCAAGAAACAUUAACUUGAAGAAUAAGGUUUCGGGUACCAAUACUACUAGUGGUAAUGGCGGUAACUUAAAUGCUGUAGUUGAUAAUGGCGAUGAUGAUAAUGAUAAUGCGCGUGAAGAGAAUGAAGAACGUGAUAAUAUUGGUGGGUUUAAAAAUCAUAAUAACUCCAUGUUGAAUUUCAAUGAUGAUUAUACGAGUAUUCUGAAUAAUCUGACUAACGGUAAUAAUAGUAGUCCGGAUAAAAUACAGUCUCAGCCACAGCAGCAAGAUAAGAGUUCUUCAGGGAUGGACAAAGGGUCGUUGGAUAUGUUAUUGCAACAUUAUCAAGAAUUAUUGAACAGAUCUAACAGCUCAGCGAAUUCUCCACAGUUUGUCCCAUCAAGCGGUACAAAUGGUGCACCAUCUCCUAACGUUUCUGUAAGGACACAAAAUACGCUAACAGAGAAGCCAUGUGAUCAUUGUAGGAGGAGACGCACGAAAUGUAUCGUUCCCCCUGAAUCCGACAGUUGUGUUCCAUGUGAUACGAAGGGGAUCAAGUGUACAUUCUCGGAGUUACCGAGUGGGAAAGUGGCGGCGGAUGUGCUACAAAAACAGAUGAACAAACGUGAUAGAGUGGAUGAGAACAUAAAUGUGCAUGAAUUGUUGAAACGUACUAAGUUUAGCAAUAAUAAUCAAAAUAAAAACAGUAACACAAAUAUUAAUAACAGUAACCCUAAUAGUAAUAAUAAUAACAAUAAUAUCAACAAUAAUAUUAACAACGCCGGUGGUAAUAAUAGCAACAGUAACACGCCUAAUAAUGAGCUUACCAGUGAUAGCGCUAACAAUCUGCCGAUACAAUACUACAAUGACGCAAUUCAGAAUUGGUACAAAUCUCAGACAAGUUAUGAACAACCUCCAUAUCCCUAUCAAAGGAAUGCGUCAGAGUUCAACAACGGUGCAGCACAAAAGGCAUCCCCCUCGUCACUUUAUGCUUUCAAUCAGUUCAAUUACGGAAUGAACUCAGGUCAACCACAACAGCAGCAACCGCUAACUUCUGGUCAACAGAGCAUACAACGUCAAAUUAAUUAUGCUCAGUCUUCCAUUCAAUAUCCCAGGUCUUCCUAUUUUGUGGGCCCGACAUCCAUCUUCGAUAUUAAUCUAAUCAAUCACAUGAAACUAGACAAGAUUGAGCAAGUGCAAUUAUCAAAAAAUGUCGCACUACGCAAGGUAUCUCCCAAUGCACAGUUCAUCUUAAGAGACGAUUUUAAUCAAGAACUUUACUUGAAGCAAGAACGUGAUAUAGAUUUAGUGGAAAAACUAGUGCAUCCUCAUGGUAAAAUAUUGGUUGAAAUUUUCUUUAAACUGAUUCAUCCUUACUUUCCCAUUCUACACGAACGAGUAUUUUUGGAGAAGUACUCAAGAUCUUAUCGUGAACUCACGGCGCCAAUUCUUGCAUCCAUUUAUUCCCUAGCUUUACAAUGGUGGGAUUUCCACCCGCAAUUGAUUGGUUUUCCUAAACCAGAUGUUGCGAAUCAAUUGAAUGAUAUUGCAUUAAAAACUUUCUACGAGGUGUUUGAAAGACCCAAAUUAAGCAUUGUCCAAGCAGGUUUACUAAUUUUGCAUUGUCGUAGUGAAUGUCCCAACAAUUGGGUACUAUGUUCGGAAGUUGUUGCUUUGUCAGAGGAACUUGGCCUCGGUGUUGAUUGUCAAGACUGGAGAUUACCUCGCUGGGAACGUGGACUACGAAGGCGAUUAGCAUGGGCCGUCUGGGCUCAAGAUAAAUGGACAGCCCUUCUGGAAUCUAGGAAUUCGCAUCUAAUUUUAGGUCGGAACUGGAUGGUUAAGCUUCUUACAGAAGACGACUUCCCUGAUAAAUCGCCAAUAAUAACCAGUAGUCAACGCAAUAAACAACCGUCGCAUAGGCCUCUAGGUCCCAUUGGGAACUCUUCCAUACUUGACAUUUCACCAACUGAUGAAGACUUCAAUAGUGGAAAACUACUGUUCAGACAAAUGGUGUCCUUAAGCAUUAUUUUGGGAGAAAUCAUGGAUACCUUUUAUACAAUUGGUGCUAUUAAGACAACAACUAAGAUCGAACAUGUUUUAAAAUUGGCAAAACCUUUACAAUUAAAGUUAAGAGAAUGGUAUCAUUCCUUGCCGCACAAAUUAUCGAUGAGUAACUACACACCAGGUAGUUAUAACAGUAAUGCAACUUUAACACUUGCAUACUUUUCUGCGGAAAUUACUUUGCACAGAAAAAUCAUUUCAACAUUAUCGCCAGAUUCACCUCCUGAACUGGUUCCAGUUUGUAGAACGGCUGCCAAGACGAGGCUAAUAGCUGCUAUUGAGUUUAUCCGUGACUUGAAAACAGAACAUAUCAAUUCAUUCUGGUAUACAAGUUCCACUGGUAACUUGGCGCUCAUUGGAACUUUUUCGGCGCUUUUAUACGUGACCGCUCCUACUAAAGAUGAAGCAUUAGUUUUUAGAGACUGCUUGCGUAACUAUAUUUGGAUUUUAAGAAUGUCAUCUAGGAGUUUUGAAAGAGCUGGUAAUGCAUUGGAUAGAAUUCAUAUGUUGUUGACGCAAAUUCCAGGUCUGUUAACUGAUGAACCAGCUACCCAACCAUUUGUUCCACCUAAGUCGCAAUCACCUUACAAUCCUUCAUCGAGUUACAACCCACCGAAUCCACCAUCUAACCAGCACUCUCAUCCACAGCAGCAGCAGCAGCAACAGCCAGGGCCUUCUCAACAGCCAUUUUUCAACUCACAAAGUCCAUAUUUCGGCUCACCUCAUGCGAGCUUUGACAAUUUAAACAAUUCCGCUUUCAAGCAAUUGAAAAAUCUACCUCCAGAAAUUUUGCAAGGCUUAACCAGUUUACAGGCAAACAUGCCUGGCAUUCCUUCUGCUUCAUUUACUGAGUUGAAUGAAUUACUUGAGGCACAUUCGAAAACGCCAAAGACUCAAAGUACAAAUAUAUCAAGCCACUCUUCAGAACCUCCUUCCCAGGAGAAAUCUCCUCAGAGAUCUAUCCCUUUGGUUAUCAAUGAUAAGAUGAAGGGAAACAAGAAUCCCAUUACACCAUCUAGUGCUACUGGAACAACUCACUCCCAUGAAAGUCCUCGUAAGGAUUUGAAAAAGAGUCCACCAAGAAGUGAAGUGAGACCCAAAAUUAAUACUCCUUCUAAUGGCAGUGCUCCCCUCGAAGAAAAGGAUGUGGUCCAUGAUGAUACAAAGGUCACAAAUGAAGUUAAGUUCUGA